GAAACCAGUUUCGCCUGUGACUGAAGCCACGGCGGAAGAAGCAGAAGCAAAGUUAGUAGAACAAGAAAUCACGACUGAGACCAAACAAGACGAGAAACUAGUUGAGGAGAAGGCCGUUUCUCCAGCUGUUGAAGGCAAGCCGGUCGAAGCUGAUAAACCAGUUUCGCCUGUAACUGCAGCAACGGCUGAAGAAGCAGAAGCAAAGUUAGUAGAAGAAGAAAUCACGACUGAGACCAAACAAGACGAGAAACUAGUUGAGGAGAAGGCCGUUUCUCCAGCUGUUGAAGGCAAGCCGGUCGAAGCUGAGAAACCAGUUUCACCUGUGACUGAAGCCACGGCUGAAGAAGCAGAAGAACAAGAAAUCACGACUGAGACCAAACAAGACGAGAAACUAGUUGAGGAGAAGGCCGUUUCUCCAGCUGUUGAAGGCAAGCCGGUCGAAACUGAGAAACCAGUUUCGCCUGUAACUGCAGCAACGGCUGAAGAAGCAGAAGCAAAGUUAGUAGAAGAAGAAAUCACGACUGAGACCAAACAAGACGAGAAACUAGUUGAGGAGAAGGCCGUUUCUCCAGCUGUUGAAGGCAAGCCGGUCGAAGCUGAUAAACCAGUUUCGCCUGUAACUGCAGCAACGGCUGAAGAAGCAGAAGCAAAGUUAGUAGAAGAAGAAAUCACGACUGAGACCAAACAAGACGAGAAACUAGUUGAGGAGAAGGCCGUUUCUCCAGCCGUAGAAACCAAGCCGGUCGAAGCUGAGAAACCAGUUUCGCCUGUGACUGAAGCCACGUCUGAAGAAGCAGAAGCAACGGUAGUAGAGCAAGAAAUCACGACUGAGACCAAACAAGAUGAGAAACUAGUUGAGGAGAAGGCCGUUUCUCCAGCUGUUGAAGGCAAGCCGGUCGAAGCUGUGAAGCCAGUUUCGCCUGUAACUGAAGCAACGGCUGAAGAAGCAGAAGCAAAGUUAGUGGAACAAGAAAUCACGACUGAGACCAAACAAGACGAGAAACUAGUUGAGGAGAAGGCCGUUUCUCCAGCUGUUGAAGGCAAGCCGGUCGAAGCUGAGAAACCAGUUUCGCCUGUGACUGAAGCCACGGCUGAAGAAGCAGAAGAACAAGAAAUCACGACUGAGACCAAACAAGACGAGAAACUAGUUGAGGAGAAGGCUGUUUCUCCAGCUGUUGAAGCCAAGCCGGUCGAAGCUGAGAAACCAGUUUCGCCUGUGACUGAAACCACGGCUGAAGAAGCAGAAGCAAAGAUAGUAGAGCAAGAAAUCACGACUGAGACCGAACGAGACGAGAAACUAGUUGAGGAGAAGGCCAUUUCUCCAGCUGUUGAAACCAAGCCGGUCGAAGCUGAGAAACCUGUUUCGCCUGUAACUGAAGCAACGGCUGAAGCAGCAGAAGCAAAGAUAGUAGAACAAGAAAUCACGACUAAGACCGAACGAGACGAGAAACUAGUUGAGGAGAAGGCUGUUUCUCCAGCUGUGGAAACCAAGCCGGUCGAAGCUGAGAAACCAGUUUCGCCUGUGACUGAAGACACGACCGAAGAAACAAAGGCUAAGGUAACCGAGCAAGAAAUCACGACUAUGACCAAACAUGACGAAAAACUAGUUGAGGAGAAGGCCGUUUCUCCAGCUUUUGAAAUCAAGCCGAUCGAAACUGAGAAACCAGUUUCGCCUGUGACUGAAGCCACGGCUGAAGAAGCAGAAGCAACAGUAGUAGAGCAAGAAAUCACGACUGAGACCAAACAAGACGAGAAACUAGUUGAGGAGAAGGCCGUUUCUCCAGCUGCUGAAACCAAGCCGGUCGAAGCUGAGAAACCUGUUUCGCCUGUAACUGAAGCAACGGCUGAAGCAGCAGAAGCAAAGAUAAUAGAACAAGAAAUCACGACUGAGACCAAACAAGACGAGAAACUAGUUGAGGAGAAGGCCGUUUCUCCAGCUGUUGAAACCAAGCCGGUCGAAGCUGAGAAACCAAUUUCGCCUAUGACUGAAGUCGCGGCUGAAGAAACAGAAGCAACGGUAGUAGAGCAAGAAAUCACGACUGAGACCAAACAAGACGAGAAACUAGUUGAGAAAAAGGCCGUUUCUCCAGCUGUUCAAGCCAAGCCGGUCGAAGCUGAGAAAUCGUUUUCCCCUGUGACUGAAGUUACGAUUGGAGAAGCAGAAGCAAAGUUAGUAGAACAAGAAAUCACGACUGAGACCAAACAAGACGAGAAACUAGUUGAGGAGAAGGCGGUUUCUCCAGCUGUUGAAAUCAAGCCGGUCGAAACUGAGAAACCAGUUUCGCCUGUGACUGAAGCCACGGCUGAAGAAGCAGAAGCAAAGGAAAUCACGACUGAGGCUAAACAAGACGAGAAACUAGUUGAGGAGAAGGCCGUUUCUCCAGCUGUUCAAGCCAAGCCGGUCGAAGCUGAGAAACCGGUUUCCCCUGUGACUGAAGUUACGAUUAAAGAAACAGAAGCAAAGGUACUAGAGCAAGAAAUCACGACUGAGACCAAACAAGACGAGAAACUAGUUGAGGAGAAGGCCGUUUCUCCAGCUGUUGAGAUCAAGCGAGUCGAAACUGAGAAACCAGUUUCGCCUGUGACUGAAUUAACGGCUGAAGAAGCAGAAGCAAAGCUGGAAGAGCAAGAAAUCAAGACUGCGACCAAACAAGACAAGAAACUAGUUGAGGAGAAGGCUGUUUCUCCAGCUUUUGAAACCAAGCCGGUCGAAGCUGUGAAACCAAUUUCGCCUGUAACUGAAGCAUCAACUGAAGAAGCAGAAACAAAGUUAGUAGAACAAGAAAUCACGACUGAGACCAAACAAGACGAGAAACUACUUGAGGAGAAGGCUGUUUCUCCAGCUGUUGAAACCAAGCCGGUCGAAGCUGAGAAACCAGUUUCACCUGUGACUGAAGAAGUAGAAGCUAAGGUAGUAAAGCAAGAAAUCACGACUGAGACCAAACAAGACGAGAAACUAGUUGCGGAGAAGGCUGUUUCUCCAGCUGUUGAAGCCAAGCCGGUCGAAGCUGAGAAACCAGUUCCGCCUGUGACUGAAGUUACGAUUGAUGAAGCAGAAGCAAAGGUACUAGGGCAAGAAAUCACGACUGAGACCAAACAAGACGAGAAACUAGUUGAGGAGAAGGCCGUUACUCCAGCUGUUGAAAUCAAGCCGGUCGAAGCUGAGAAACCAGUUUCACCUGUGACUGAAGAAGUAGAAGCUAAGGUAGUAAAGCAAGAAAUCACGACUGAGACCAAACAAGACGAGAAACUAGUUGAGGAGAAGGCCGUUUCUCCAGCUGUUGAAGCCAAGCCGGUCGAAGCUGAGAAACCAGUUCCGCCUGUGACUGAAGUUACGAUUGAUGAAGCAGAAGCAAAGGUACUAGAGCAAGAAAUCACGACUGAGACCAAACAAGACGAGAAACUAGUUGAGGAAAAGGCCGUUACUCCAGCUGUUAAAAUCAAGCCGGUCGAAACUGAGAAACCAGUUUCGCCUGUGACUGAAGUCACGGCUGAAGAAGCAGAAGCAAGGUUAGUAGACAAAGAAAUCACGACUGAGACCGAACGAGCCGAGAAACUAGUUGAGGAGAAGGCCGUUUCUCCAGCUGUUGAAACCAAACCGGUCGAGGCUGAGAAACCAGUUUUGCCUGAGACUGAAGCCACGGCUGAAGAAGCAGAAGCAAAGAAAAUCACGACUGAGGCUAAACAAGACGAGAAACUAGUUGAGGAGAAGGCCGUUUCUCCAGCUGUUGAAGGCAAGCCGGUCGAAGCCGAGAAACCAGUUUCGCCUGUGACUGAAGCCACGGCUGAAGAAGCAGAAGCAAAGUUAGUAGAACAAGAAAUCACGACUGAAACCAAACAAGACGAGAAACUAGUUGGAGAGAAGGCUGUUUCUCCAGCUGUUGAAGCCAAGCCGUUCGAAGCUGUGAAACCAGUUUCGCCUGUAACUGAAGCAACGGCUGAAGAAGCAGAAGCAAAGUUAGUAGAACAAGAAAUCACGACUGAAACCAAACAAGACGAGAAACUAGUUGAGGAGAAGGCUAUUUCUCCAGCUGUUGAAGCCAAGCCGGUCGAAGCUGAGAAACCAGUUUCGCCUGUGACUGAAGCCACGGCUGCAGAAGCAGAAGCAAAGGAAAUCACGACUGAGGCUAAACAAGACGAGAAACUAGUUGAGAAGGAGGUUUAUCCAGCUGUUCAAGCCAAGCCGGUCGAAGCUGAGAAACCAGUUUCCCCUGUGACUGAAGUUACGAUUGAUGAAGCAGAAGCAAAGGUACUAGAGCAAGAAAUCACGACUGAGACCAAACAAGACGAGAAACUAGUUGAGAAGGCCGUUUCUCCAGCUGUUGAAAUCAAGCCAGUCAAAACUGAGAAACCAGUUUCGCCUGUGACUGAAGUCAUGGCUGAAGAAGCAGAAGUAAGGUUACUAGACAAAGAAAUCACGACUGAGACCGAACGAGACGAGAAACUAGUUGAGGAGAAGGCCGUUUCUCCAGCUGUUGAAACCAAAUCGGUCGAAGUUGAGAAACCAGUUUCGCCUGUGACUGAAGCCACGGCUGCAGAAGCAGAAGCAAAGGAAAUCACGACUGAGGCUAAACAAGACGAGAAACUAGUUGAGGAGAAGGCCGUUUCUCCAGCUUUUGAAACCAAGCCGGUCGAAGCUGAGAAACUAGUUUCGCCUGUGAUUGAAGCCACGGCUGAAGAAGCAGAAGAACAAGAAAUCACGACUGAGACCAAACAAGACAAGAAACUAGUUAAGGAGAAGGCUGUUUCUCCAGCCGUAGAAACCAAGUUGGUCGAAGCUGAGAAACCAGUUUCGCUUGUGACUGAAGCCACGUCUGAAGAAGCAGAAGCAAAGGAAAUCACGACUGAGACCAAACAAGACGAGAAACUAGUUGAGGAGAAGGCUGUUUCUCCUGCUGUGGAAAUCAAGCCGGUCGAAGCUGAGAAACCAGUUUCGCCUGUGACUCAAGCCACGGCUGAAGAAGCAGAAGCAACGAUAAUAGAGCAAAAAAUCACGACUGAGACCAAACAAGACGAGAAACUAGUUGAGGAGAAGGCCGUUUCUCCAGUUGUUGAAGGCAAGCCGGUCGAAGCUGAGAAACCAGUUUCGCCUGUGACUGAAGUCACGGCUGAAGAAGCAGAACCAAAGCUGGAAGAGCAAGAAAUCACGACUGAGACCAAACAAGACGAGAAACUAGUUGAGGAGAAGGCCGUUUCUCCAGCUGUUGAAGGCAAGCCGGUCGAAGCUGAGAAACCAGUUUCGCCUGUGACUGAUAUCACGGCUGAAGAAGCAGAAACAAAGCUAGAAGAGCACAAGAUCACGACUGAGACCAAACAAGACGAGAAACUAGUUGAGGAGAAGGCUGUUUCUCCAGCUGUGGAAACCAAGCCGGUCGAAGCUGAGAAACCAGUUUCGCCUGUGACUGAAGCCACGGCUGAAGAAGCAGAAGCAACGAUAAUAGAGCAAAAAAUCACGACUGAGACCAAACAAGACGAGAAACUAGUUGAGGAGAAGGCCGUUUCUCCAGCUGUUGAAGGCAAGCCGGUCGAAGCUGAGAAACCAGUUUCGCCUGUGACUGAAGUCACGGCUGAAGAAGCAGAACCAAAGCUAGAAGAGCAAGAAAUCACGACUGAGACCAAACAAGAUGAGAAACUAGUUGAGGAGAAGGCCGUUUCUCCAGCUGUUGAAGGCAAGCCGGUCGAAGCUGAGAAACCAGUUUCGCCUGUGACUGAAGCAACGGCUGAAGAAGCAGAAGCAAAGUUAGUAGAACAAGAAAUCACGACUGAGACCAAACAAGACGAGAAACUAGUUGAGGAGAAGGCCGUUUCUCCAGCUGUUGAAGGCAAGCCGGUCGAAGUUGAGAAACCAGUUUCGCCUGUGACUGAAGCCACGGCUGAAGAAGCAGAAGCAACGGUAGUAGAGCAAGAAAUCACGACUGAGACCAAACAAGACGAGAAACUAGUUGAGGAGAAGGCCGUUUCUCCAGCUUUUGAAACCAAGCCGGUCGAAGCUGAGAAACUAGUUUCGCCUGUGAUUGAAGCCACGGCUGAAGAAGCAGAAGAACAAGAAAUCACGACUGAGACCAAACAAGACAAGAAACUAGUUAAGGAGAAGGCUGUUUCUCCAGCCGUAGAAACCAAGUUGGUCGAAGCUGAGAAACCAGUUUCGCCUGUGACUGAAGCCACGUCUGAAGAAGCAGAAGCAAAGGAAAUCACGACUGAGGCUAAACAAGACGAGAAACUAGUUGAGGAGAAGGCCGUUUCUCCAGCUGUUGAAAUCAAGCCAGUCGAAACUGAGAAACCAGUUUCGCCUGUGACUGAAGUCACGGCUGAAGAAACAGAAGCAAAGCUGGAAGAGCAAGAAAUCACGACUGAGACCAAACAAGACGGGAAACUAGUUGAAGAGAAGGCUGUUUCUCCAGAUGUUGAAGGCAAGCCGGUCGAAGCUGAGAAACCAGUUUCGCCUGUGACUGAAGUCACGGCUGAAGAAGCAGAACCAAAGCUGGAAGAGCAAGAAAUCACGACUGAGACCAAACAAGACGAGAAACUAGUUGAGGAGAAGGCUGUUUCUCCAGCUGUGGAAACCAAGCCGGUCGAAGCUGAGAAACCAGUUUCGCCUGUGACUGAAGCCACGGCUGAAGAAGCAGAAGCAACGAUAAUAGAGCAAAAAAUCACGACUGAGACCAAACAAGACGAGAAACUAGUUGAGGAGAAGGCCGUUUCUCCAGCUGUUGAAGGCAAGCCGGUCGAAGCUGAGAAACCAGUUUCGCCUGUGACUGAAGUCACGGCUGAAGAAGCAGAACCAAAGCUAGAAGAGCAAGAAAUCACGACUGAGACCAAACAAGAUGAGAAACUAGUUGAGGAGAAGGCCGUUCCUCCAGCUCUUGAAGGCAAGCCGGUCGAAGCUGAGAAACCAGUUUCGCCUGUGACUGAAGCCACAGCUGAAGAAUCAGAAGCAACGGUAGUAGAGCAAGAAAUCACGACUGAGACCAAACAAGACGAGAAACUAGUUGAGGAGAAGGCCGUUUCUCCAGCUGUUGAAGGCAAGCCGGUCGAAGCUGAGAAACCAGUUUCGCCUGUGACUGAAGCAACGGCUGAAGAAGCAGAAGCAAAGUUAGUAGAACAAGAAAUCACGACUGAGACCAAACAAGACGAGAAACUAGUUAAGGAGAAGGCCGUUUCUCCAGCUGUUGAAGGCAAGUCGGUCGAAGUUGAGAAACCAGUUUCGCCUUUGACUGAAGCCACGGCUGAAGAAGCAGAAGCAACGGUAGUAGAGCAAGAAAUCACGACUGAGACCAAACAAGACGAGAAACUAGUUGAGGAGAAGGCCGUUUCUCCAGCUUUUGAAACCAAGCCGGUCGAAGCUGAGAAACUAGUUUCGCCUGUGAUUGAAGCCACGGCUGAAGAAGCAGAAGAACAAGAAAUCACGACUGAGACCAAACAAGACAAGAAACUAGUUAAGGAGAAGGCUGUUUCUCCAGCCGUAGAAACCAAGUUGGUCGAAGCUGAGAAACCAGUUUCGCCUGUGACUGAAGCCACGUCUGAAGAAGCAGAAGCAAAGGAAAUCACGACUGAGGCUAAACAAGACGAGAAACUAGUUGAGGAGAAGGCCGUUUCUCCAGCUGUUGAAAUCAAGCCAGUCGAAACUGAGAAACCAGUUUCGCCUGUGACUGAAGUCACGGCUGAAGAAACAGAAGCAAAGCUGGAAGAGCAAGAAAUCACGACUGAGACCAAACAAGACGGGAAACUAGUUGAAGAGAAGGCUGUUUCUCCAGAUGUUGAAGGCAAGCCGGUCGAAGCUGAGAAACCAGUUUCGCCUGUGACUGAAGUCACGGCUGAAGAAGCAGAACCAAAGCUGGAAGAGCAAGAAAUCACGACUGAGACCAAACAAGACGAGAAACUAGUUGAGGAGAAGGCUGUUUCUCCAGCUGUUGAAACCAAGCCGGUUGAAGCUGUGAAAACAGUUUCGCCUGUGACUGAAGCCACGGCUGAAGAAGCAGAAGCAACGGUAGUAGAGCAAGAAAUCACGACUGAGACCAAACAAGACGAGAAACUAGUUGAGGAGAAGGCCGUUUCUCCAGCUGUUGAAGGCAAGCCGGUCGAAGCUGAGAAACCAGUUUCGCCUGUGACUGAAGUCACGGCUGAAGAAGCAGAACCAAAGCUGGAAGAGCAAGAAAUCACGACUGAGACCAAACAAGACGAGAAACUAGUUGAGGAGAAGGCCGUUUCUCCAGCUGUUGAAGGCAAGCCGGUCGAAGCUGAGAAACCAGUUUCGCCUGUGACUGAAGCCACGGCUGAAGAAGCAGAAGCAACGGUAGUAGAGCAAGAAAUCACGACUGAGACCAAACAAGACGAGAAACUAGUUGAGGAGAAGGCCGUUUCUCCAGCUUUUGAAACCAAGCCAGCCGAAGCUGAGAAACUAGUUGCGCCUGUGAUUGAAGCCACGGCUGAAGAAGCAGAAGAACAAGAAAUCACGACUGAGACCAAACAAGACAAGAAACUAGUUAAGGAGAAGGCUGUUUCUCCAGCCGUAGAAACCAAGUUGGUCGAAGCUGAGAAACCAGUUUCGCCUGUGACUGAAGCCACGUCUGAAGAAGCAGAAGCAACGGUACUAGAGCAAGAAAUCACGACUGAGACCAAACAAGACGAGAAACUAGUUGAGGAGAAGGCCGUUUCUCCAGCUCUUGAAGGCAAGCCGGUCGAAGCUGAGAAACCAGUUUCGCCUGUGACUGAAGCAACGGCUGAAGAAGCAGAAGCAAAGUUAGUAGAACAAGAAAUCACGACUGAGACCAAACAAGACGAGAAACUAGUUGAGGAGAAGGCCGUUUCUCCAGCUGUUGAAGGCAAGCCGGUCGAAGUUGAGAAACCAGUUUCGCCUGUGACUGAAGCCACGGCUGAAGAAGCAGAAGCAACGGUAGUAGAGCAAGAAAUCACGACUGAGACCAAACAAGACGAGAAACUAGUUGAGGAGAAGGCUGUUUCUCCAGCUGUUGAAACCAAGCCGGUCGAAGCUGAGAAACCAGUUUCGCCUGUGACUGAAGCCACGGCUGAAGAAGCAGAAGCAAAGGAAAUCACGACUGAGGCUAAACAAGACGAGAAACUAGUUGAGGAGAAGGCCGUUUCUCCAGCUGUUGAAAUCAAGCCAGUCGAAGCUGAGAAACCAGUUUCGCCUGUGACUGAAGUCACGGCUGAAGAAGCAGAAGCAAGGUUGGUAGACAAAGAAGUCACGACUGAGACCAAACAAGACGAGAAACUACUUGAGGAGAAGGCCGUUUCUCCAGCUGUUGAAACCAAGCCGGUCGAAGCUGAGAAACCAGUUUCGCCUGUGACUGAAGCCAAGGCUGAAGAAGCAGAAGCAAUGGUAGUAGAGCAUGAAAUCACGACUGAGACCAAACAAGACGAGAAGCUAGUUGAGGAGACGGCCGUUUCUCCAGCUGUUGAAACCAAAUCGGUCAAAACUGAGAAACCAGUUUCGCCUGUGACUGAAGCAACGGCGAAAGAAGCAGAAGCAAAGGAAAUCACGACUGAGGCUAAACAAGACGAGAAACUAGUUGAGAAGGCCGUUUCUCCAGCUGUUGAAAUCAAGCCAGUCGAAACUGAGAAACCAGUUUCGCCUGUGACUGAAGUCACGGCUGAAGAAGCAGAAAAAAGGUUAGUAGACAAAGAAAUCACGACUGAGACCAAACAAGACGGGAAACUAGUUGAGGAGAAGGCUGUUUCUCCAGCUGUGGAAACCAAGCCGGUCGAAGCUGAGAAACCAGAUUCGCCUGUGGCUGAAGCCACGGCUGAAGAAGCAGAAGCAAAGUUAAUAGAACAAGAAAUCACGACUGAGACCGAACGAAAUGAGAAACUAGUUGAGGGGAAAGCCGUUUCCCCAGCUCUUGAAGGCAAGCCGGUCGAAGCUGAGAAACCAGUUUCGCAUGUGACUGAAGCCACGGCUGAAGAAGCAGAAGCAAAGUUAGUAGAACAAGAAAUCACGACUGAGACCAAACAAUACGAGAAACUAGUUGAGGUGAAGACCGUUUCUCCAGCUCUUGAAGGCAAGCCGGUCGAAGCCGAGAAACCAGUUUCGCCUGUGACUGAAGUCACGACCGAAGAAACAGAAGCUAACGUAAAAGAGGAAGGAAUCACGACUGAGACCAAACAAGACGAGAAACUAGUUGAGGAGAAGGCCGUUUCUCCACCUCUUGAAGGCAAGCCGGUCGAAGCUGAGAAACCAGCUUCGCCUGUGACUGAAGCCACGGCUAGAGAAGCAGAAGAAAAGGUAGAAGAACAAAAAAUCACGACUGAGACUAAACAAGACGAGAAACUAGUUGAGGAGAAGGCCGUUUCUCCAGUUGUUGAAACCAAGCCGGUCGAAGCUGAGAAACCAGUUUCGCCUGUGACUGAAACCACGGCUGAAGAAGCAGAAGCAAAGGUAGAAGAGCAAGAAAUCAUGACUGAGACCAAACAAGACGAGAAACUAGUUGAAGAGAAGGCCGUCUCUCCAGCUGUUGAAACCAAGCCGGUCGAAGCUGAGAAACCAGUUUCGACUGUGACUGAAAUCAUGGCUGAAGAAGCAGAAGCAAAGGUAGUAGAAAAAGAAAUCACGACUGAGACCGAACGAGACGAGAAGCUAGCUGAGGAGAUGGCCGUUUCUCCAGCUGUUGAAACCAAGCCGGUCGAAGCUGAGAAACCAGUUUCGCCUGUGACUGAAACCACGGCUGAAAAAGCAGAAGCAAAGUUAAUAGAACAAGAAAUCACGACUGAGACCAAACAAGACGAGAAACUAGUUGAGAAGAAGGCUGUUUAUCCAGCUCUUGAAGGCAAGCUGGUAGAAGCUAAGAAACCAGUUUCGCCUGUGACUGAAGCCACGGCUGAAGAAGCAGAAGCAAAGCUAGAAGAGCAAGAAAUCACGACUGAGACCAAACAAGUCGAGAAACUAGUUGAGGAGAGGGCCGUUUCUCCAGCUGUUGAAACCAAGCCGGUCGAAGCUGAGAAACCAGUUUUGCCUGUGACUGAAACCACGGCUGAAAAAGCAGAAGCAAAAUUAGUAGAACAAGAAAUCACGACGGAGACCAAACAAGACGAGAAACAAGUUGAGGAGAAGGCCGUUUCUCCAGCUGUUGAAACCAAGCCGGUCGAAGCAGACAAACCAGUUUCGCCUGUGACUGAAACCACGGUUGAAGAAGCAGAAGCAACGGUAGUAGAGCAAGAAAUCACGACUGAGACCAAACAAGACGAGAAACUAGUUGAGGAGAAGGUCGUUUCUCCAGAUGUUGAAGGCAAGCCGGUCGAAGCUGAGAAACCAGUUUCGCCUAUGACUGAAGCCACGGCUGAAGAAGCAGAAGCAAAGCUAGAAGAGCAAGAAAUCACGACUAAGACCAAACAAGACGAGAAACUAGUUGAGGAGAAGGCCGUUUCUCCAGCUGUUGAAACCAAGCCGGUCGAAGCUGAGAAACCAGUUUCGCCUGUGACUGAAGCCACGGCUGAAGAAGCAGAAGCAAAGCAAGAAAUCAUGACUGAGACCAAGCAAGUCGAGAAACUAGUUGAGGAGAAGGCUGUUUCUCCAGCUGUUGAAACCAAGCCGGUCGAAGCUGAGAAACCAGUUUCGCCUGUGACUGGAACCACGGCUGAAAAAGCAGAAGCAACGGUAGUAGAACAAGAAAUCACGACUGAGACCAAACAAGACGAGAAACUAGUUGAGGAGAAGGCCGUUUCUCCAGCUGUUGAAGGCAAGCCGGUCGAAGUUGAGAAACCAGUUUCGUCUGUGACUGAACUCAUGGCUGAAGAAGCAGAAGCAAAGCAAGAAAUCACGACUGAGACCAAACAAGACGAGAAACUAGUUGAGGAGAAGGUCGUUUCUCCAGCUCUUGAAGGCAAGCCGGUCGAAGCUGAGAAACCAGUUUCGCCUAUGACUGAAGCCACGGCUGAAGAAGCAGAAGCAAAGCUAGAAGAGCAAGAAAUCACGACUAAGACCAAACAAGACGAAAAGCUAGUUGAGGAGAAGGCCGUUUCUCCAGCUGUUGAAACCAAGCCGGUCGAAGCUGAGAAACCAGUUUCGCCUGUGACUGAAAUCAUGGCUGAAGAAUCACAUGCUAAGGUAGUAGAGCAAGAAAUCACGACUGAGACCAAACAAGACGAGAAACUAGUUGAGGAGAAGGCCGUUUCUCCAGUUGUUGAAACUAAGCCGGUCGUAACUGAGAAACUGGUUCCGCCUGUGAUUGCAGCCACAUUUGAUGAAGUAGAAGCUAGGGAACUAGAACAAGAAAUCACGACUGAGACCAAACAAAUCGAAAAGCUAGUUGAGGAAAAGACAGUUUCUCCAGCUACGCAUACUAUACAUUUCGGCACUGAGGAGUCAAUUUCACAUGUGACGGGUGUCAUGGUGGAAGAAGCGGCAACAAAGACCGAGAGACAGCGCGUCGAAGAAGGUAAAACCAAAAUUACGUCUAGAGAAACGGAAAUGUUUGUGUCUUCUAUGACUGAAAGACAAUUGGCUGAAAGUAAGACGGUACACGAAUCUGAUACAGUGAAAGAAGACUCUACACGGACAAAUGCAAUCGAUACAGUACUCACAGAAUCGAAUUUUGACAAAGAAUCACACAAAGAAACAUUUGAAUUGAAAUUGACUGGAGCAGCUGAGAAAUUCACCAAAUCAACAGAUCAUGUACUCGAAAAAGUCUCUGCGGAACUUCUAGAAGUAGCGCAAAAGUCUGGAUACACUUUUGAUAUCAGCAAAAGACUAUAUCCAGACGCGGAACGAGUUAACAAACUAGAACUUUCCGUACCAUCUGAGCGAUCAGAUAUUCCGGAAGAUCUUAAGAAGGAAGAAACGCGUCUGGAAGACACAAGAAAGAGUUCACUUUCCGCUGUCGAAGGAUCGAUAUGCGACGACGAUUCCCCAUUGCUUACGGAUUUCACGACAUCAUCCAUAACUUAUGUUAGUGAGCGAAUCGACUCAUCGUCGCUUGAACUCAUGGCUGGAGACAGCUUUGGUGAUUUCUUAAAAAUCACAACUGUAAGCAGCAAACCAGAAGAGAUGAAAAUAGAGGCACUAACUCCCGGGUCAGGUAUAUCAUGCACAACAACAACAAGUGAAACCAUAGAUUCAUGCACUCAUGAAUCCGAAAAAGUGUUAUAUACUAGUGGAUCUAUUCAGCAGGAUAUACCGACCGAAUAUGAAAGAUCUGUUUCGUUGAGUGACAAUGCUGCCUCUGAUUUCUCGACUGAAUCGACCACGAAAUACCAAUUACCGUAUGAUACGGAAUCCGAAAGUCAUGGGGGAAUGACGGGAUUACCAAAAACACGUGAGGAGCGAACGAAAGCAGAUGAAUUGCAAGAAGUGAAACAGGUUAAAUCCUGCAAACUGAUGUCGAUGGACCCGCGUCAUGAAUCUGCUUCGCCACAGAGUGAUGUCACCGAGUACACUGAGAGUGUAUCGUAUGUCGAGUCAAUUAUUGACAGUACAAAUUAUGAGAGCGCCUUAAAACAGAAGGAAAAGCACUUUGAACAACAAAAGCAAGAAGAAAAAAUCGACGUCCAAGAAAAGGAAAUCGUCAUAAUAAGUAAAAUAGAUAAGGAAAAUAAAUUAAAAAAGUCUGUCGGGGAACCCGUUACCGACAACAAAGAAUCAACUCAGGGAAAGAAAAGGCCCAAAACGAAAGCGACUGUGACAAAAAUUAGCUUACAAAAGCAAACGCCUAUCGAAAUUUCUAAACAAUCGAGCAAAACCGUUGAUAUCAAGUCUGGGUCAAAGAGUGUCGAAUAUUCGUCUAGCACCAGUCGCACAACGACUGUGUCACGCACAUAUACCAGCACCAAAUCGCAUGGAUACAUGCAAUCUACACUGUCCCGGGACCAAAAGGUAUUAAAACCACUGAAAUCAAGCGAAACAACCCAUUCUUCUCCGGUGAAGUCUUCCUACCGCUCUGCGUCGACUACAACGCAAUUAGUCGAGAAAAAAGUGAGAUCUUCCAGAGAAACUUCCAGCACCAGAUCAGAUGUACCCGCUACGAAACUUGCCAGUAAAGCAGACACUGCUAGUCCCAGCGCUGUGAAAAAACAUGAGCCUAAACCAGUUGUGCAAAGCACAAAAUAUACACGAAGUUCCGAAAGAACAAGCAAAUCGUCAUCUUCGACUGUAACUAGCAGUACCAGUCGAUAUCAACGCUCCCGGUUACCGUCAGAAUCGGAUGAAAAACCGAAGCAAACCAUUAAGAAGGCCGAUAAAGAGCAAGCCAAUCUGGCUACGAAGACUACAGUCAGCACUUCCAAGAGCACAAAGGAACGUACCAAUAAAAGCUUAAUUCCGGUUAAAGUUCCAAGCGCCAAGGGAACACCAACGAAGGAAUCAGCUAAGAUAACAAAAGACAGAUCACCGAUGAAAAAAAUCGGGAAAUCGUUUGAAGAGAAAACCACACAGAUUACAAUCGUAACGACUACAAAGUCCGCUGAUACCUCUACCACCGAUGUGCAAACGACAAUGUCAUCCACAAUUGGCUUUGUCAAAACAGCACCAAGAGUGACGAAAACAAUACAUACGUCCGGUGAUUCGAAGCAAGACGACACGUACCGAUGCAAGUCGGCCAUGCACUACUCAUACAAAGAUGCCGUCACGUUCGAUCACGCCGAAGUUCCGUCUUCGUUGCCAUCUAGUCCGAGCCGUCUCAAUAAGAGUUCCUCUAACAGUACAAAUGUGUUGACAAGUGAAGUAUUCACGCGUACCAUCGACUCGUCCAAAUCAAUUGAAGUGAUCUACCGACAGCCAUCGACGUCAAACGAACUAAUACGCAAAAUAAACGAAUACCGCUACAAUGACAUUGACCUGACCACUGACUCCAGUCUAUCCGACUCCAUCGCACUACCAUCGUCAUCUUCCGAGCACGAGAACGAUGUGCUCGGCAAACGUAAACGUUCCGGAAGCCCAGCGUCGCCCAAGGCGUACACUACGACAUCGUCUGCGUCAUCGUCCACGAACACCACGACUCGUAAACAGGCCCAAAUCGUAAGCGAGCAAAGAUAUCGCAAGUCGGACAUUUGGAUGCGAACCGGUCCCCCGCAGGAAGUCCUGCCCGACGGUGACGACGAGAUCUAUCAGGCCUUACAUGCCGAUCGUCGCACAGUAGCAUCGCUUGACGGGAUCGUAAUGGAAAGUCGCAUCUCGCCGAUACUAGACUUCCGGGCAUCCACGCCGCCUCGUCUGAAGUAUAAGUUUGAUUACGAUAGUUCCCUGUUUACAGAUGACAAACAACAAGAAGAUAAACAUACGUCGGCAAGUUUUGAAGGCGAAGAGUAUCUAAAUUUAGUACAAUCGGAAGCCAGUAACCUAGUCGAUAGUAUAUUGGAGCAGAGCGUUUCGAUCGUCAGCUCAUCCCAGCUGCAAGCGAAUGCUGCGAUCGAUGCCCAGGCUCAGUCGGAGAGCGAGCAAUACGCGAUCCGCAGCGAUAUACUGUCGUCUAACGAGGCUGACCUAGUCGUUAAGUCGCCCACCAUAGAGUCUAUGUCAGGCAAGUCUUUCGACGAUAACAUUAGCAAUCCCGAUUAUGACAGUAGCGAAGCUAACCAGCUAGUAGCCUAUCUCGCUACUGUCACCCCUUCCGGUGAGGCGGAAGACGGUGCCAUGCCAACGGUUCGCGACUCCCGGGAACCCGUGGGCGAUGGCAUUGUCGACGAGGCGGCGCAGAAGGAACGCCGAGCGAAGAAAAUAGAUCGGCACUUUGCUCGACUGUCGUCUGACAUCGAGCCGGAAGCGUUGUUGGAUAAAAACCGCGAUUAUGACGAAGCCAUAGCACAAAUCAAAGAUGAAGUUUCAAUGCUGCAGAGUGAUUUUUCAAAAAUGAGCUGGGAUGAGAGCAUUUCCGCUACUACCGGUGAUUUUGGUUCCAGUACUCCCGAUAAUGAUCUUCAAGAAACAGAUAAGCAACCACAAACAGAAAUUAACAUUCCCAAGCCAACGCCCAGGCUGCAAUCUAUCGUUACCGCCGAAGCUGAUGGUUCUGCUGCGACGACGACUAGUGUCACUCCGGGCACAACCACUACCGCUAGCUCUGCUGCUGCUGUUGCCUCCUCAUCGCUAGCGACGACAACAUCCGCACCAGCUGCCAAAACCACAGACGAUUACGCUGCAUCCCUGCUGGAAACCGACCAGGACAAAGCGGUAUCGGGAGAUAUGAGUGAACUCUCCAGCAGCCAGGAACCGUUGCCGGUGCCAAAGCCCCGCACUAGCAUCUCAUCCCGUACCGAUACCCAGACACGGUCCAGCAUCAUUGAAUCCUUCGAUCAUCCGGAAGAUUCGAUUGAGCAGUAUCCUGAACCCAGCCAGCAACAAGAAUCACUCGCAUCGGAAGAUUACUCCGGAGCCGCACAGAAAGAUUUCGGAGAUUUCGAGACCAGCGACGAGGAUCAGGCCUCCGCCAAGUUCUACAUUGGCGAUCGAAGUAGCGACAUUAUUACUCGUUCGUCCGCAGAUAAGCGAGCAGAUUUCGCCUUCGACAAUGACGGAUACGAGUACUCACAGGAAUCAGCUCCGGAAGCAGACGCCCUCAAAGCCUACCAUGACCAGGUCAAGCAGGAGGACGGAUUCUCACUAAAAUCGCUACAAGAAGUUGAUAGCGGAACAGCACUCGAUUCGGACAUCAAAGCAGAAGUAAUAGAGGUGAUUGAGGGUAUUGCUAACGAGAAAGCAUUUGAACUGGAUCUCAGCAGACCACUCGAUUCUGCCCGACAACCAGUUAUGCAUUCUCCAAUCAAACCUCAGAUUGCCACUCUCGUCGAGGGAGCCACACCACUUAAGCAGAAACCAACCGAACCUAUCGAAGCCCUGCAAGAUGAUUUCACAACUUCCCACUACACAAAACGCACAAUAGAUGAACUGGUCAUCGAAAAAACCUUGGACGAAGUUAAGGAAUCACUCGACGCUGUACAGGAGGAACUGAUCGAAUCAGUCAUCGAUGGAAAGCUGCUGAAGCAGUCCCCCUCUGAGUUCGAGUUCAAGGUUCUCCCGUCCGCCAAAUACGCACAGGAUCCCAUCUACGAAACUCAACAAGAGGAAAUUACCAUUAUCUCAACGGGAGCUCCUCAAACUGUUACUACAACUACGAUUCUCCCAGAACCAUCCCUGCUCGGUGAAUCAAAAGCACAAGCCUUCGAACAAAAAACCUCCGAUACCGAGGACAAAAUUGAGCAGCUGUCGAAACCAGGCGAACCAGUCUCGCUCUCCUCCGAUAGCUCGGUAGCGAAGCUUGAAGUUUAUCCACGCAUACGCACAACCACUCCGCAAAGCAAGGGCAACCGUUGGUCAACGACCGACGUUGACAGUUCCGGCGAAAGCCAUUACCAAAGCUUCGAACACACAGACAGUAGCCGGCCACUUUCGUCCGACGUAGACAAUUUGAUGCAACAAUACGCUUCGUCUGAGUACGAAACCGCUUUGGAUAAUUCGAUCCUGCCUGCCUCGACGGAAUUCCAUAGCGCCGUUAGUACGCUGAACUCCUACAAUGUCAGUUCUCACGAUAGCAUGAAAAGCUUCGAUUCGGAAAGCUCCGGUAAUCUGGCUAGCGGCGAAUCGGAAGCUACGGAGACGCUCGUCCCGUCGACCAUGGACAUUGACUUCGAUUCGGAAGAUGCGGCACUGAUUCACGACGAUUCAGAAGAGGAUCUUCGCGAAAAACCCUUGCUAGGAGAACCGGAAGAGCUCUCUUCCGUAUCCAGCGCAAUGCCGAUAGCCAUGAAGCGCUCACAGGAAAUGAACUUCGCAACCGAUCUCAACAAUGAUCUACUAGCAGAUUCCACAGAUGUUUUCCAAUUUCAGGACGACGCCGAAAGGAUUGCACAUGGGCAAGCCGAGUUACUCAGUUCCAGCAUUGGAACCGCUUCGGAUUUAGUUGAAUCGAUGAAGGCUUCCAGCUUGGAAGACGUUAAAACGGAGUGCAUCGAUGAUGCAAAACUUGGAACCAGUAUGGAGGAUGGCAGCAUUCUAUCCAUUAGCUUAUCGAGCGCUUCAAAUUUGGAAACAAUCAUGGAAAAUCUAACGGACAAAGCUGAUAGUCUACCAACUCACGUCGAAAUAGGUCUGGACGCGAUAACGCCCACCAAAAGUAGCACCAAAGAAAUCAUAGGUGAUAUAACGCUCACCUCUACAGUCUUCAGAGAAGGAGACAUCAACUUUUUAAACACGCAAGCUACAACGGAAGUGAUGACGGUUGAGGCAGUCGAAGAAACGGCCAGAAAGCGGGGUCACAAGCGCACCGAAAGUACGAUCCCUGGAAAUCUGCUCUCGGAAAUCGCCGCCGAAGCCCGCGAUUCGCUGGACUCGCAAGAAGAUUCCAUUUCACAGGAAGUAUCUGGCAAACAAUCAAGCUCCGAGCGUGAUGAAAUGCGGGAUGAAUCGUCGGAUUCCGAUUAUGACAGAUAUGAAUCCGAGUACUCACGAUCAUUCCGAGCUCCACUCAAUCAAGGGCAGAAGAAGAAAAAAGACAUAAUGGCGGAAGGUUUCGAUAUGGAAACGGACUACGAGCGGCGUAAUUCGUUCUCGCCGUCCAGCGCUGUAAUCGAGACCAUCGUAGAGGAUGUUCACGCAGAGACCGAACAGGGAGAUGAAGCUCAACAGCUGAUGGAUAGCAAGAGGGAAGAGUUGCAGGAGUACCAACAGACAUGCAUUCCGGACAUUCAGGUAACGGAGGAGAUACAGCAGGGCGAACCGGAAACAGAGGAAGCUACUACGUAUUCAAAACCAGUCGAAGAAUCGACGAGUGAGCAGAAAAUCCAAUUCGCUAAACAGGAAGAGUUUAAAAUAAGUGAAGAGCAGUACCAGGAAAUUAUCGAUCAGAAGUAUAAAUCAAAGAUGGCCGACAUGGCUACGAAGUACGAGUACGAAGCGGACGAUAAGGACGAUUCUGCUGGUUCCGAUUCAUUUGAGAUGCUGGAGCAACCGGAUAUUUCGGAUGAAUUCGUUAUCGUUGAGGAGGUGGCCCGCGAAGCCCACGAAUGUGACACGGAAGGUAAGAGUGUCUCGAUAAAGCCUGUCAAGAAAGAAAAGAAACACGAUGAAGAAGUGGAAAAGUUGUUGGUGAAAUCGGCCCCUGCUCAUACAAAUGCCGGUUCGUUGUAUAUGAGGGAGGACAUGAUGUACGAAUUCGAGGAAAGUCCUCCAACUGGGAGCGAGGAAGUGGAUCCGAACGGAGUGACGAUGGAUUUGCUGAACAAUGGUUACCCGUUGGAGGAGAGCAAACGCUGGGUUGAAAUGCAACUUGCAGAGACUCAGAACUUCCGGUAUCCGUACGAGGACAGACUAGAGGAUAUUAAGGAGGAGGAUACUGAUUUCGAAGUCGGAAGCAGUAGAAUUGGCAGUGUUAAGGAUUCAUUUUCCAGCACGCCGGAUUACGACCUACUGGCAAAGAGGCUGGCUUCGAGAGAGCAUGAUGACAUCUCCAUGAGUAGCUUGCAGGAGUUUGAAAGCUUGGAGCAAGUCAUUUCACUUGAAAACAGAAAAAUGCUGCAAGGAUCCCAGGAUUCGUUGAGCAAUGGUAGUUUUACCAAGAGGUUUAUGAGUCGCGGACAUGGCGAUGAUAUAAGUUUGUCAAGCUUGAAAGAAUUCGAAGGAUUAGAAUCAGCAUGUUUAGAGGCGCAGCGUAUUGAGAUCAAAGCUAAAGAAGAAGCAGCACUUUUAUCCAGAUCGGACGAAUCUAAUAAAUCUGACAAAUCGAAUGGCGCCAAACGAAGUCCACCAACAAACGGCACUAUCGUUAAAGCCACAACCGUAACUAGUACGGUAACUUCCGGUCCGGAAACGAGUACUUCUAAGGUUGAAACAAAGACUGUAACAACCGAACUAAGCAAGGAUUCCCUGUCCACCACAACCACGGCGACGACAGUUACAACAUUUUCCCACGACAACCAAAUAAGACAUACACUGGAUGAAGAGGACACUUCGCAUAUGUUUACUGUGUCUACAGAUAGUUUGGACGGGGCGGGGCCUGUCCAGAAGCAGACCAUCAGUAAGGAUACCCUUCCUUCGGCACACUCUAGCAGCGAUAGUUUGGAAAUUCAUAACAGGAAUAAUGUGGAUGUCAUGACCAGUAGUAUCGACUCGAUUGAGUUCUCCAAAGCCGGCCUUGUCACUACGUCUCGUUCCGAUUCGAUCGAACAGAUGGCGCUACAGCAAACCCAGCGCAGUGACAGUACGGAUUCGAUUGAAAUGCAGCGAGCUAUCUCGUCGAGAACUAGCGAAACCAAGCGAGAUUCGUUGGACUCGUUACCGUACAGUAUUGAAAAUAAAAGCGGCUUCAGUAGCCCAACUAAGGCUCCUAGCGGUCAAAGAGUGACUGCGGAAGAUACAGCCAUUGCGGGCACAAGUGCAGCUAGUUACCAGUACACCACGCAAGUCGGUAUGUCGAAGGAUAUUUCUGUAGAUUCUUUAACGGGUCAGGAAGCUUUCCUAACAAGUACUGAAAGCCUUGAGACCAGCUCUACGGCAACGAAUGCCACCUACCAUAACGAAACCGACUCGCAGAUGUCAUCGAGUGUAACGAGCUGUGGGUCUAUCACGAUGGUCGAUAACCUAGACAAUAUGGGCGACCUGGAUGGCUUCGGCAUGCAAGAAAGCAUUACUUUCAAGAGUAGUACAAGCUCUGGCCAGCAACAGCAGCAGCAGCAGAUUACGCAAACACUUCGUGGCUCUUCAUCAGCAGUUACUACCACCACUACCACGACGGCUAGCAGCAGAGGAGACUUUUCGGUUUCGGAAAUCGAACUGUUAAGUAGACAUAUGUAUCCAGGGGACUUGACGUUUGAUGACGCAAAGGAGUCAGCGAAAGAAAAAUCACAGAGCAAAACGACUGAGAAAGACGACUAAACUACGACUCUUCGGUAGCGUACGCGGAGAUCAGCUGAUUUGAUUUCCAUCCAUCUUACAGCAACUAAUUGCAAACCUUUCCGAAAAUAUUUAAUAUUACUUCAAUUUAGAUAAAGGCAAAAACAAAACAGCAAAUCAUACCAAAUUUAUUCACUUACUUAUUGUAAUAGAAACACUGCGGAAUAAUCAAGACAACAGAUACCAAAAAAGGUAAAAGCUUAGCUCAAUUUUUGUUAGAUCUAUGAACUCACUGAGAAAAGUAAAUUUACCGAUAAAAAUGAAAGCAUCACUUCAAAAAAUGGAACAAGCCAUAUAUACACAUACACAACACACUAGUGUCUAGCGGAAGAAGCCUAGUAAGCAGAGAAAAAGCAACCGUACUGUAAACAACUAGAGGAUAGCAAAUAUCGCCAGUCAGGACUUGACAAGUUCUCAAUGUCUUCAUAAAUAAAAAAAGUGGAAUGCUACUGCUAGUCACCGGAUGACGGACGAUAAGAAUUUCCCAGGAUAACUCUAUUCUAGAACAGAGUAUAAAUUAGAGAAAUAACUUUCACUCAUUUUAGUAAACAUAACAUAUAACUUUUUGACACAGUCAAGGUAUGUGUAAGCUUAAAGGAAACUGAAAUUGAUAUCAUUGGAGUCCUUUCGUUCGCUUAAUAUUUCGUUAAGAUAAAAUUGUAAAAAAUAAAAAAAAAACAAAUGUGAAAUGUUUGAACCAACUUGAGUAACCAUGGCUAGGAGUGAAAUGCAAAAUCGUUAACUUUUUUUGAUGUUGAUGCAUGACAAAACCAAACAAACUGAUAUUUACCGAACAGAAUAAAUGAUAACAAAAACGAGCGCAGUUAAAUCUCAAAACAAAACCUCUAGCAAACCAAGUAUUUUACAUGAUAUUUAAUACCAGUACACACCUUAACUGCAAGGUAAAUAUUAAAAUGAAUCGAUGUAAAAUUUGCAAAAUAUAUCAAAUAAAUGCUUAAUAAAAA